AUGGUAAUAGUUUGCCAGAGCCUUGGGGGAGCUGCUCAGCAGGAUGAACACUGCUGGUGGGGUGUGUCUGUCUGUGCUGUGGCUGGGGCCCUGGCUGCCGUGUCUGUCCUUGUUCUAGCUCCUCUCUCUGCCCUGGCUGAGGUUGCCUACGGGGCUGCCGGCAGCAUCCCCAGCACUGGGGCAGAGGGGGCUCCCUCACCCAUCUCCUCGCCAUGCUCCAGCCUUGUAGCUGGUGUGCUCUAUGGCUCUUUCUCCCUAAGGGAACUCUUUCCAUCUAGGGUGCCAGGUUGUUCCUGGUCACUGGAAAACCCUGAUCCCACCAAGUAUUCCCUCUACCUCCGCUUCACCCGCCAUCCUGUCAUCUGUCGGGCACACUCCCCCAUGCUCCUCUCUCUUGACCACCACUUGGCCAAUCAAAGCUGUCCUCUUCAUUUACAGACAACUGCUGCCAGGGAUCAAGAAGUCAUAGAGCUCUGUGGCAGCCACACCAACUCAGAUGGACCUUACUCCUUCCUACAAUUUGAUAAGAACUUUAUCCAGCUAUGUCUAACAAGACAUCCAUCUGCUGAUGAACCUCAGGUAACCAAGGAAUUGCUAGAGCUGAGACUGGUAGAGGUGUUACUCAUUAACAAUGAGAACUCCAGUCAGUUCACCUGUGGUGUGCUCUGCCGAUGGUUUGAGGAGUGUUUACGCACAGGACACAAUGGAGAUCAGGAGGUUUCCGACGGGGAUGGUUGUGGGAUGACACAGACAGGGUGUAUCUGUCCAAACCAUAACAUCAUGGCACCACCUAUCCCAUUACUCCCGGAGACACCUCACAGUUUCAGUAAUGGUUCGCUGGUUCCUGAUGACUGCUGUGUCACUGAGCUGCAUUCAAAUGAUGCAAUUGCCAUAGCACCCAGAGAUGUCCGACAAGACCCAUAUGAUGAUGAUUUGAAGGUGAAGACCCAGAGACCUCGAUCAGCUGACCAGCCAGGUGUAUUUCAGGCACAAACAGGUGAUCCUGCAGCAGAGGAGUGGUCACAGUGGAGUGUGUGUUCACUCACAUGUGGACAAGGCUGGCAAGUGAGGACACGUUCAUGCGUUUCUUCUCCCUAUGGGACACUGUGCAGUGGCGCCCUGCGGGAAACACGCAUGUGCAGCAACACUACUUCUUGUCCGGGUGAGCCGGGGAUCACAGGCUCAGUGCAUGGUCUGUGGGAGGAGUGGUCAUCAUGGAGUCUGUGCUCUGUGACCUGUGGGCGAGGUUCCAGGACACGAACCAGGAAGUGUGUGAACGGAGGCAGGGCUGUGGCAUGUGGGCAGCCCGAGAUUCAGACCAAACUCUGCAAUAUAGCAGUGUGUCCGGUGGAGGGCCAGUGGUCGGAGUGGGGGCCGUGGUCGAGAUGCAGUGUUACUUGUAACACGGGAACCCAGCAGAGGCAGAGACGCUGCAUUGCACCUGUACAUGGCUGGGCUGAAUGUAAGGGUCCCCAUCAGGAGACCAAGGAAUGCACCAACCCUUCAUGCAGUGGUGAAGGUAACUGGGGCAGCUGGAACCACUGGAGUCUCUGCAGCAAAACAUGUGACUCUGGUUGGCAGCGCCGCUUCAGGAUAUGUGAGGGCACCAGUGUACAGGGCUACCCCUGUGAUGGCUCCGGAGAGGAGGUCCGGUCCUGUAAUGAGAAGAAGUGCCCAGCUCCUUAUGAGAUAUGUAAAGAUGAGCACCUCCUUUCUAUGUCAUGGAAGAGAGCCUCAGCUGGAGAAACUGUCUACAACAAGUGUCCAACUAAUGCCACUGGAUCUGCUAGUCGUCGUUGCAUGCUGGACAAUAAUGGAGUUGCUUUCUGGGGUCCUCCGAGCUUCGCCAGAUGCAUCUCACUUGAAUAUAGAUAUUUACAUUUAUCUCUACGAGAGCAUCUCGCGAAGGGUCAGAGGACCCUGGCUGGGGAGGGCAUGUCUCAGAUCGUAAGGAGUCUCCUGGAGCUCUUGCAGAGGAGGAGCUACUACAGUGGCGACCUUCUCUUUUCCACGGAGAUCCUGCGAAAUGUGACGGACACCUUCAAAAGAGCAACCUACAUCCCAGCUCCCGACGAUGUGCAGAAAUUUUUCCAGAUAGUCAGCCACAUGUUGGACAUGGAAAAUCUCGAGAAAUGGGAGGAUGCUCACCAGGUCGCUCCCGGUGCUGCUUUGCUGAUGAGGAUAUUGGAAGAUUUCAUUCACCUCAUUGGAGAAGCCCAGAAGCCUUUUCAGAGUUUUCUAGUGGUUACAAACAACCUCAUGAUAACCAUCCAGCGAGAGCCGGUGUCAGCGGUUUCCAGCGAUAUCAACUUUCCCAUGAAGGGGCGAAGAGGGAUGAAGAACUGGGCCAGAACAGCGGAGGACAAGCUCUACAUCCCUAAAGAAGUUUUCACAAUCCCCAUAGACGAAACAGAGAUGGACUCAGAGUCUACAAUAUAUUAUGUUAUCGGAGCCAUUUUGUACAGGACGCUGGGUAUUAUCUUACCUACACCAAACCCCCCUAUGGUGAUCAACUCCAAGAUCCUGACAGUGACAGUACGACCGGAACCGCAGCCCAGUGAGCCCAUGGUGAUGGUGGAGCUGUCCCCACUUUUUAAUGGUACAUCAGAUUCUCAAUGCAUUGUCUGGGACUAUGGCAAUCCGGAAGCUGGUACAGAAAACUGGGGCACAGAAGGCUGCCAAACACUUGCGUCAACCACUGUCCACACCAAAUGCCUGUGCAGCAGGAUAUCCACCUACGCCGUGUUAGCGCAACAAACUAAAGACCCGGACAUGGGUCCUACCAGCAUGCCCUCUGUACCCCUCAUGGUGGGCUGUGCGGUCUCCUGCACCGCUCUGCUCAUCCUGCUGCUAAUCUAUGCUGCUUUCUGGAGGUAUAUCCGUUCAGAAAGGUCAAUCAUCUUGGUGAAUUUCUGCCUCUCCAUCCUGGCUUCCAAUUUAUUGAUUUUGGUGGGACAAUCUCAAACACUUAGUAAGGGUCUCUGUACUGUGACUGCUGCCUUCCUACAUUUCUUCUUCUUGGCUUCCUUCUGCUGGGUGCUGACAGAGGCGUGGCAGUCCUACCUGGCCGUCAUUGGCAAAAUGAGAUCACGACUUAUCCGCAAGCGUUUUCUGUGCCUCGGCUGGGGUCUUCCAGCCCUCAUUGUUGCAGUGUCAGUGGGUUUCACCAGAGCAAGAGGUUAUGGCACAGCCAGCUACUGCUGGUUAUCCUUGGAGGGUGGCCUGCUUUAUGCCUUUGUUGGGCCUGCUGCUGUCAUUGUAUUGGUGAACAUGCUUAUUGGAAUUGUGGUGUUUAACAAGCUCAUGUCUCGAGAUGGAAUCUCUGACAAAUCUAAAAAGCAGCGAGCGGGUGUCCCAGCGGAGGCGCGUAGCCGACUGCUCCUGAAAUGCUCCAAGUGUGGCGUGAUCUCGAGCACCGCUCUGUCCAGCUCAACUGCCAACAGCACCAUGGCAUCUCUGUGGAGCUCCUGUGUCGUUCUUCCUCUGUUAGCAUUAACCUGGAUGUCAGCAGUGCUGGCCAUAACCGACCGGCACUCCACGCUUUUCCAGGUCCUCUUUGCCGUUUUUGACUCUGUGCAAGGUUUCGUCAUCAUCACCGUCCACUGUGCCAUGCGCCGAGAGGUGCAGGAUGCAGUUCGCUGUCGAAUGGGGGGAUGUAAAGAUGACAGCGAAAACUCACCAGACUCCUGCAAGAAUGGACAGGUGCAGAUCAUGACGGAUUUUGAGAAGGAUGUGGACUUGGCAUGUCAAACAGAGAGAGGACACCCAUUCAUUUUCAAGGAGGUGAACACCUGCAACCCAGCUACCAUCACUGGGACCCUUUCCCGCAUCUCCCUGGAUGAUGAGGAUGAUCCUAAACUGGCAGCCCAUCAAGAGGGAAGAGUUGGAGUCAACUUCAGCACCCUACCAGGGAACAUCCCCCCUUCUAACCUUAUUGUACCGGUUCCACCCCUAGGUGAGUUCAGUGAGACACCCUGCUGGGCACGGCCGCCCACUUCCUCUAAUAAUUCCCAGGAGGGAAGUGCUGGAAGUGGCGGGGGAGGAAGUGGUGGAGGAGGAGAGGGAGACUAUAUGGUCUUACCUCGUAGGACGGUCAGUCUUAAAACUUCAGCACCAUCCUCCCAAGGAGGAGGCCUGGGACUGGGGGGUGAGGACAAGCCUCUCAACAUCACAGUAGAGGAUCCUCCUUUUCCUCCACCUCCCUCUCCCCUGAGCCUCCAUCCAGCUGAGACCGAGGCCUACCCGGCGGAUUUUGUGCCAUCCAGUGUGAGCGACAUGAACAUCACCAUGAACCUCAACCGCCCCUAUGGGACAAUCAAAACCAUGCCCCAUGGGCACAUGAUGGCUCAGGGGGGUCUUGUACACUCUCACAGCGGACACAUGCACUCCCAUGGGCAUUCACUUCAGCUGAAGCCCAGCCAGAGGCCAUCUGUCAGACAGAUUCUGACAGGGGGAACUACUGUGGAGAGAACCAGGACCCUGCCACGCAACCUGGGCAGCACCAAUGCCACCACCAGCAUCUCAGCAGGAUCCCUGGAGGUGGGUGAGAGGUUGAGGGAUGAGGAAAGGGUUCCUAGUGGUGGUGCAGCUUCUUCACUAUGUCCACCUUUCACCUGCACUCAUGGUUCAAAGUUAUGA